AUCUCUCCGCGUAAAAACAGUCAUCGUUUUUUGCUCUCUCUAGAGUAGAAAACCGUUCGCGAAUCGAAGAUCUAGAUCAUACGAUCGUUUGAUCUCUCAGGUUUGCUUCUUCUUCGACUUCGGAUCUCCGAUGACUUCUUCGUGCUUUCAGUUUCGGUUUCCGCUUCGUCUCGAUGUUCUUCGUCGUCCCUAUUCGCAUCGAUUACUCAGAAAGUUAGGGUUUCGCCGAUGAAGGAUGACGGAAUCAAAUCGAUCUUAUUGGCUGUUUCAUAUAUAGUUAGGGUUUUGUAUAUAGUUAGGGUUUUUUAUAUACGCUCGCGAAUCAUGUGAAGAUGGAUCAUCUAUGGCGUUAGAUUAGGGUUUAGGAAUGGAGAUUAGGUUUAUUUGGAUUUGUUUUUGAUUUCUGCCGACUUGGUUGCUCUCUACGGUACUUGGAAGCGUUAGCAUGGACUUGGAGGUGUUUGAUUAUCAGUCAUCUUGCGAAGCGUGUUACUCUUCUGAGCUUUUCUGUGGAUCAUCAUGGAUGAAGCAACAGCUAUUGGAUCUGUGGAUACAGUCUACUAAAGUUUGUGUUUUUCGCAAUGUGUGUUUUAUAGUAUGAGUUACAAGGCUCCAAGGAGAUACUUUAACGGCAGGAACUUCGGAGUGGCAAGACAGCAAGAUUCUGUGGCUGAUAUAGUUCCCAGACGACCUUAUGCAAACAGAAUGAACAAGGCUCCUAAUAAGUGGUCUAGGAAUCUGGUUUGGACUGCAUCAGAUGCCAACAUGCCAAGGAAGAAUGAUACCACCACGUAUGGGUCAACUAAGCCACAAGUUUCAGGGGCAGGAUCCAGUGUGUCAAACCUACAGAGGAAGAAUGCUGCGUAUGGUGAGCAAAGAAGCUCAUCUGUUUCAGACACGAGAGGGUGGGGAUCUAAAGAUAAAGGCAGUCCCAAAUCCAUGGAAUGUCUGUGUAAGUUUUGGAAAGCUGGAAACUGCAAGAAGGGUGAUCAAUGCUCUUUCUUGCACUCUUGGACUAGCCUCCCUGGAAUGGUCAUGGUAGCUUCUCUUGAUGGACACAAGAAGGAUCUUAAGGGGAUUGCACUUCCUCAGGGUUCAGAUAAACUCUUUUCAGCCAGUACCGAUGGUACAUUGCGAAUAUGGGACUGUCACACUGGCCAGUGUGUUCAUACAAUCAACCUCCAGGCAGAAGCAGGGUCGUUAAUGAGUGAAGGAUCAUGGGUUUUCCUUGGCUUGCCAAAUGCUGUAAAGGCUUUUGAUGUUCAAACCAGUAAAGAUUUGCAUCUUAACGGGGUGGUUGGUCAGGUCCGUGCUAUGACUGUUGGCAAUGAAAUGCUUUUUGCUGGGACAAGUUCUGGUAGCAUAUCUGUCUGGAAAGCAACUGACUCUGAGUCUGAUCCUUUCACAUACCUCACAUCUCUGGAGGGACACCAUAGCGGUGAAGUCACAUGCUUUAUAGUUGGAGGUCAGCGACUAUACUCUGGAUCUGCUGAUAAAACAAUAAAGGUGUGGGAUCUCAGUACACUGGAAUGUACAAUGACACUGAGGCAACAUACCGACACUGUCACGUCGCUCCUAUGUUGGGAUCAGUAUCUCAUAUCUGCUUCUUUGGAUGGGACCAUCAAAGUCUGGGCGUGUUCUGAAAACGGUAACUUGAAAGUUACAAAUACACGCAGACAAGAACAAAGUGUGCAUAGUCUUUGUGGGAUGAGCGAUGCAGAGGGCAAACCGAUCGUGUUCUGUUCUUACCAAAACGGAACAGUCAGCAUACGCGAUCUACCAUCUUUUGAAGAGAGAGGAAAGAUGUUCUCGACCAACACGGUCGGUGCAAUCACAGUUGGUCCUGAAGGGUUGUUAUUCACUGGAGACAAGAGUGGGAAGCUGCGUGUUUGGAAUUUAGCUGGCACCAAAGUUUAGCCAUUUUACAUUCUUGGGUUGAUUUAAUAUUGUACAUACUUGAUAGUAUGAGUUAACAGAUUCUUCUUGUGUAUGACUCGGAUACUAAGUAUCCAUCCAUUAAAGUAUUAUCAUGUUCUUUCAGGCUUUGUAUAUGUCACACGAACCUGGUUAAAAGUGUGUACUUUGACCCAAACUUUUAUAUUAACAUGAACCUGUAUUUUUCUCGACCCCUA